GAGGCCCCUGGAGUGUAGGCCUAUUGUACGCAGGUUGUGGUGGGCUGAGAUAAUCACUGGGAAAUGGCCAACCCACUCCGAGCAGAGUUGCUGUUUCUUGGACGGGAGUAUCCGAAAGGAGCCGACUAUUCCAGAGACAGACUGAGGGCUGCGUUUGCCAAGAAUAAAGAUGUGCACGACCCCGAGAAGAUCAAAGAGCUCAUCAGCCGAGGAGAAUUCGUGGUGAAAGAGCUCGAGGCCCUCUAUUACCUCCGGAAGUACAGAGCCUUGAAGAAGCGAUAUUACGAAACAGAGUGAAUAAAAUCACAUGCUACAUGGCAUGAUGCCUGAUAUUUACAUAAACAACAGCGAUAGAAUGACUGUAACAGCAACAUAUAU